CCGCUGGAAGCGCAAUUCCGGUUAGGCGGCGGAGUUUGUUUACGGUGCUUCCACAUCUCGCCGCUGCUUUCCCCAGCUCUAGCUCCAAGAUGGGGAAAUCCUUCGCCAACUUCAUGUGCAAGAAGGACUUUCAUCCCGCCUCCAAAUCCAAUAUCAAAAAAGUAUGGAUGGCAGAACAGAAAAUAUCAUAUGAUAAGAAGAAACAAGAAGAAUUGAUGCAACAAUAUCUUAAAGAACAAGAAUCAUAUGAUAAUAGAUUGCUUAUGGGAGAUGAACGUGUAAAGAAUGGCCUUAAUUUCAUGUAUGAGGCCCCACCAGGAGCUAAAAAAGUAUAUAUUGCCACACAUAACCAAAUGUUCACUGUUUCUCAGGUUCGAAAUGUGAGGUGUAUUAAAUGUCACAAAUGGGGUCAUGUCAACACAGAUCGAGAAUGUCCUUUGUUUGGUCUUUCUGGAAUCAAUGCAAGUUCGGUUCCCACUGAUGGCUCAGGGCCAUCGAUGCACCCCUCGGAGCUAAUAGCGGAGAUGAGAAACAGUGGGUUUGCACUGAAACGAAAUGUACUGGGGAGAAACUUGACCGCAAAUGAUCCAUCACAGGAGUAUGUUGCAAGUGAGGGUGAAGAAGAUCCAGAAGUUGAAUUUUUAAAGUCACUAACAACCAAACAAAAACAGAAACUUCUCAGGAAAUUGGAUCGACUUGAGAAGAAAAAAAAGAAAAGGAAGAAAGAUAGAAAGAAGAAAAAGUUUCAGAAGAGUAGAAGUAAACACAAGAAACAUAAAAGCAAAUCAUCCUCCUCCUCUUCCUCCUCAUCCUCCUCAUCCUCCACUUCCUCCUCUUCCUCAUCUGAGACUUCAGAAAGCAGCAGUGAGAGUGAGAGUGACAAGAAGUCAAAAAAAAUGGAAAAGAAGAAAAGAAAGAAAAACAAAUGUUCAGGGCAUAACAACAAUGAUUCUGAAGAGAAGGAUAAGUCUAAGAAGAGAAAACUUGAUGAAGAACUUUCUAGCAGUCACAGUAACAAGGAAAAGCCUAGGUUUUUAAAACAAGAAAGUUCUUGGGAGAACAGCAAAUGGAGCCAUUCUGAUUCUGACAAAAAGUCCAGAAGCCGUAAUCAUAGCCCAGAGAAGAGAGGAUCUGAAAGCAAUGAGGGAAGCAGUAGAAGCCGCAACAGGGAUGAGCGGAGUAGGAGAAGCCGGAGCCAAAGUCCUGCUAGUUAUAAGAAAAGGGAGAAAAGAAAACGGCCACAGCGAAGUCCCAGUGAAGAGCGGAACAGAAGAAAGGACACCAGAAGCCGUGGCACAGAUACAUACAGAGGGGAAAAAAUGCACAGAGAGCACUCAGGAGAUAAGUAUGCUAAAGUGACACAAAGAGAACAAAGCAGAAGUAGAGAGAGAAUAAAGAGAGACUGUAUGUGACAAUUACAUGGGAAUAAAAAUAUCUCCACUUCUUAUUGAA